ACAGAAAAAAGGGUGACAAAAGGGAUUCAACAAGAGCACCACCGUAACAAUGGCGGCUUCAGCUUCAUCUAGCCUCAUUUCGUCUCGAUCACCCCUCAAGUUGACCUCUCUAUCUUCCCUCUCAUGGAAAUUCCCUGUCUCGGUGUCACUCCCGCGCCACCAACGCCGCCGUGCGUCUCAGGUGUUCAUCGUUCUCUCGAUGGACGCCAAACCUACCGUCCUUGUGGCUGAGAAAUUAGGGGAAGCCGGGCUUGAUCUUUUGAAAGACUAUGCUAAUGUUGAUUGUUCGUAUAACUUGAGUCCUGAGGAGCUCUGCACCAAGAUCUCGCUUUGUGAUGCCUUGAUUGUAAGGAGUGGUACUAAAGUGAGCCGCGAGGUGUUUGAAUCGUCCGGUGGUCGGCUUAAAGUUGUUGGACGAGCCGGCGUUGGUAUUGACAACGUGGAUCUGGGAGCGGCGACGGAGCAUGGGUGCCUUGUUGUUAAUGCACCGACGGCUAAUACUGUUGCCGCUGCUGAGCAUGGGAUCGCGCUUCUUACUGCUAUGGCCAGGAAUGUUGCUCAAGCCGAUGCGUCAAUUAAAGCUGGGAAGUGGCAGAGGAACAAAUAUGUGGGUGUAUCACUUGUUGGCAAGACUCUUGCAGUGAUGGGUUUUGGGAAGGUUGGAACAGAAGUUGCCAGACGCGCUAAGGGCCUUGGUAUGCACGUAAUCGCACAUGACCCUUAUGCUCCAGCUGACCGUGCUCAUGCCAUAGGAGUCGACUUGGUGAGUUUUGAUGAAGCCAUUGCAACAGCAGACUUCCUGUCACUUCACAUGCCCCUCACUCCUGCUACAUCAAAAAUUUUGAACGAUGAGAACUUUGCAAAGAUGAAAAAAGGAGUUAGAAUAGUCAAUGUUGCUCGUGGAGGAGUGAUAGAUGAAGAUGCAUUAGUCAGGGCACUAGAUGCUGGCAUCGUAGCACAGGCGGCACUUGAUGUUUUCACUGUUGAGCCACCACCAAAGGAUAGCAAGUUGAUACAGCAUGAGAAUGUAACUGUUACUCCUCAUCUUGGUGCCAGCACAAUGGAAGCUCAGGAAGGAGUGGCCAUUGAAAUCGCUGAAGCUGUUGUUGGAGCCUUGAGAGGUGAACUUGCUGCUACUGCAGUCAAUGCUCCCAUGGUUCCUGCUGAGGUCCUUGCAGAGCUUAAGCCUUACGUUACACUUUCUGAAAAACUCGGGAGGUUGGCUGUACAACUAGUUGCAGGUGGAAGCGGAGUGAAAUCCGUGAAGGUGACUUACGCUUCCGCCAGAGCUCCGGAUGACCUGGACACAAGACUGCUCCGUGCCAUGGUCACCAAAGGUCUGAUCGAGCCCAUCUCUAGCGUCUUUGUCAACUUGGUGAACGCAGAUUUCACCGCCAAACAAAGAGGAGUUCGCAUCAGUGAAGAACGAGUGAUCCUAGACGGGUCACCUGAAAGCCCUCUCGAGUCCAUCCAGGUCCAGAUCGCGAAUGUGGAGUCAAAAUUUGCGAGUGCCAUCUCCGAGUCGGGUGACAUCACAGUGGAAGGCAAGGUGAAAGACGGAGUUCCACAUUUGACCAAAGUAGGAGCAUUUGAAGUGGAUGUGAGCCUGGAAGGCAAUAUCAUACUUUGCAGGCAGGUUGAUCAGCCGGGUAUGAUUGGAACGGUGGGAAGCAUAUUGGGAGAAGAGAACGUGAACGUGAGCUUUAUGAGCGUUGGAAGGAUCGCACCAAGAAAGCAAGCGGUGAUGGCGAUUGGGGUGGAUGAGCAACCGAGCAAGUCGGCUUUAAAGAGGAUUGGGGAUAUCCCAGCAAUUGAGGAGUUUGUUUUUCUAGCCUUGUAGAAGAAAGGCAAGUUUUGUGAGAUUAAUGUUGUCGGAUUUAGGAUUUGGGAUUUUUUCUGGUGUCAAAUCCUGCAUUUGAGUUUGUGUUAAAUUCCUUUGCUGCUGCUUCUUUUUUUUUAUGAAAUCUAUUGCUUCUGAGUCAUAAAAGAUUUCUUGGAUGCUUUUCAGUUUUG